AUGGAAUUAGAAACUACUAUAAUGAAGAAGAGUGAAAUUUAAAGUGGGGGAAGUGCCUCAUCAAGAUAUCUAGGGAAGGAUGUUGAAGUAUCUGUCACUAGCUCGAAUAUCAUAAAGUUUCUGUAAUGGCUUUAUAUAUUAAUGUUUGAUAUUGGGAAGUAAUAGAAAACAGUUGAUGAUUAAAAUGACUAGAAAAUAAGAUUACAUUACUAAUUAGAAGAUGAAUAUACAUAAAUUCAUUAACAAGAUGUAAGAAAUUACAGGAGUAUUAACAGAUUAGGAGUCUCACAAUAGACCUUGAAACAAAUGCACAAGAUUGGAGUAGAAACUUUGGAUGUAAAGACAAGUUAUCUUAAAGAAAUAAGGAUAGGUGAGAUGAUCGAGAAGGAUGACGAAUACAUAUAUUGCUACAAUAAGCCAUCUCAUAUGGUUUUUUCAACCUAACAAAAUAUGACAAAAAUUGAGAUGGAGAAACUUUAUGAACUAUUGAAGUUUAAGGUAUUUAUUUCGAAGAGCUUAUAUUUCUUGGUUAAAAUGUCCCACAUUUUAUAUCUAUCCAAAGUGUUUUCUUAAAUUCCUUCAUCUGAAAUAAUUACUGUAAUAAUGUAAUGCAAAGGUACUGAAUCAAUAGGUGCCUUAAAGAUCUUUAAGAUAUGCAGAUGA